UCAACACACAAAAUGUCAGAGAUAGAUACAAAAUUGAUGGAGACACCUGUUGUUGUGCCUGUUACAGACACUCCAAUGGCAACAACUACAACUACAUCAACGACAACAAAAGCCAACAAUGACAACAACAACAACACUACCAAUUAUCAGACAAAGAGCGAGAUUCCACCUCACAAGAACAGAACCGAGGAGUCAGUUGGUAUUCAAUGCUUCUUGGGAACAUCACGUCCUUGGACAGGUAUACUUAAACAAAGAUAUGAUGACUUUAUUGUAAAUGAAAUAGAUUUAAGUGGACGUGUCAUCACUUUGAACUCAUUGUCUGCUCCAGCAGUGGAGGAACAAACCUCCACCACACCAAAGGCUGAUUUAACUCCAGAGCAAUCACUUUUAGCCCUUGUCGGUGAGGAGCAAUGCAAGGCAUUCACCGAGUUCUUGGAGGUCACAGCAAAGGCCAAUCCCAAGUCUACAUUCCUGUUCAAAGAGGAUCAAGACAAAGAGCACAGGACUGCCGUACAUAAAGUGAUCAAAGAGCAGUUCAAGCUCGUCUCAGAGACUGAGAAGUCGUGUGUAAAGGUGUUGGCUAGAUCUGGAACAAAGAUAUUCUCAAUGGCAGGUACAAAGGACAAGCGUGGAAUCACAACCCAGAGUGUUACUGUAUUCAAACAAACAGCAGAGAGGAUUGCAGGUCUCAACAACCGUCUCUACGGUGUCAAGUGUGGCGGUGAUUUCAAGUACGUCGAUCAACAACUCCAACUUGGUGACCUCACUGGAAACAGGUUCACGGUGGUCAUUCGCGACAUCUCUGCUGAUGAUGAACUGGUGGCCGACUCUGUGGCACAGUUCAAAAAGACUGGAUUCAUCAACUACUAUGGACUACAGCGCUUUGGAACUGGCUCCAUCAGCACAAACGAAGUGGGCAAGGCCAUUAUCCGUGGAGAAUGGCAACAAGUGGUCAAUCUGAUAUUGUGCCCACGCGAGGGUGAGCGACCUGAUUUGCAACAGGCACGACAGGCCUACAAGGACACUGGUGAUAUCGCACCACUUAUUCGAGCCCUUCCUAGGUUCAUGAUGGCCGAGCAUGCCGUCCUGAAGGGACUCCAGAAGGACAAGAAGGGAUACCAGAACGCAUUCAACAAUCUUCCAAGAACCCUACGCAUGCUCUAUCCACACAGUUAUCAGAGUCUCAUUUGGAACAGGAUGGCAUCUGAGCGUAUCAAGAUGUUUGGCUUUGAUAAGCCAGUGGUUGGAGACUUGGUGUCUGUUGGCGAACUCAAGAAGCCAGUCAACCAGGAUGAGAGUGAGGAGACAAACAAUGACAUCCCAGACGACAGCACUGCAGAGGGCGAUGAGGUUGGCGAUGAGAAAGCAGAGUUCUUGAUACAGCAUGUGACAGAGGAUGACGUUGCCAACAACAAGUACAGCAUUGAUCAAGUGGUGCUACCAAUGCCUGGCAAUGAAGUACAGUAUCCAAAGCACAAGAUUGGCGAGCGAUACAAAGAGGCCAUCGCAGAGGAUGGCAUCACAGAGUCUAUGUUCACGAGCAAGACCAGAGUGUACAACCUUAAAGGUUCAUAUCGUAAGCUGAUAUCAUUCGCCACCGACAUUGAAUACAAGGUGUUCCGAUACAAUGAUUUCACCGCUCCACUUGCUCGCAAGGAUCUGGACAAGUUUGAAGGAAAACCAGAACCAAAGGAUAUACCAAACGGUCAAUUUAGAGCACUACGCAUCUCUUUCAAUCUUCCAUCUUCAUCCUAUGCGACAAUGGCCUAUAGAGAACUAUUGAAACAGUCAUCUGCACUUCAGCCACAGGUCGCCAUGGGUGAGAACUCUAAACAGGCGUUCCAUCAACAACAAAAACAGAAGCAACUACAACAAGAACAAGAACAACAAAUAUCAGUGGUGGAUAACACCAACACUGGUGACCCUUCAACUUCACAACCAAUCAUUGGUGUCAAGAGGAAACUGGAAGAGUUGGAU